AUGUCAGUCAAUGAAAAUAAACCACUACCAUUAAUUUAUCAAUUUAUUGCCGGAGCUGUGGCCGGGGUGAGUGAAAUCCUUGUUAUGUAUCCUCUAGAUGUGGUGAAAACAAGGAUGCAGCUUCAAGUAGCUGAUUCUGCUGCUGGGCGGCAUUAUACGGGGGUGAUUAACUGUUUGAAAAGAAUUGUUGUUGAAGAAGGGACUUCUCGGUUGUAUAAGGGCAUAUCGUCACCGGUAUUGAUGGAAGCGCCUAAGAGGGCGACGAAAUUUGCGUGUAACGAUGAGUUUCAGAGGAUUUACCAGAGGUUGUUUGGCGCUAAAGAGCUCACGCAGCCCAUAACGAUGCUUUCUGGUGCGUCUGCCGGUUGUAUCGAGUCAUUUGUCGUUGUUCCCUUUGAAUUGGUGAAGAUUAGAAUUCAGGAUGUUUCUUCCAGUUUCAAGGGUCCCAUUGAUGUGGUCAAACAUAUAGUGGCAAAGGAGGGUCCGUUGGCCAUGUACAACGGGUUGGAGAGCACGAUUUGGAGACAUGCUAUUUGGAAUAGUGGCUAUUUUGGCAUCAUUUUCCAGUUAAGAGCUCUACUCCCCAAGGCAGACACCAAGUUCCAACAAACGAGAAAUGAUUUGAUAGCAGGUACGAUCGGUGGCAGUGCCAGUUCUCUUCUUUCCACCCCGUUCGAUGUCGUCAAGUCAAGAAUCCAGAAUACCGCAAUCGUUCCUGGUGUGGCUAGAAAGUACAACUGGUCUUGGCCCGCGGUCCUAACGAUUUACAGGGAAGAAGGAUUUAAAGCCCUAUACAAGGGCUUCGUACCAAAAGUCCUAAGACUUGGCCCUGGCGGUGGUAUCCUUCUUGUUGUUUUCACCGGCGUCCUGGACUUCUUCAGAACCCUCCAAAAAUAG